UCCUUCUAAGAGCAGACACAAGCAGAGAAGCAGCUUCCUUCAGAAGAUAGAAUCCAUCAGGAGGACGAGCGCACGUGCUGACAUGAAGCUGGGCUUGCUGGUGGUGCUGGCCGUGGCGGUUCUGGCGCCCAGCCUUUCUGAGAGUCGGCUCGUCCCCAAAUGCGAGCUCAAAACACUGCUCUGUGAUGAGAUCAGCCUGCCUGUAAAGCUUGAGAAACACAGGGAGAAAAUCCUAGAAUACCUUACUUACAGUUUCUUUAGGAAGUCCCGCCUAUACACCAGCGUAGUGUUCAGCAAACGCGUAAAAAGAACAACAGCAGCAAAGAAAACAACAGUAAUCAUAACUCUCCCAACAUUAAGAAGCACUGAAAAUUCCACUCAAGAAAUGACUAGUGGGUCAUCCACCACCAAGUUAAUGAUCACAAACUCGACAAGUGGAACAUCCACCACCAAGUUUAUGACCACAAACUCGACAAGUGGAACAAACAGCACCGAUGACCACAGACGAAAGCGAGAGGCUGAUGCAGCCAUGAGUUAUGAAGAUGAAGAGCAGGACAGUGAAGAGGAAGAGGACAGUGUAGAAGACAGCGAGGUCUCUGAAGAUGAAGAGGAGGACAAUGAAGGCGACAAGGAGGACAGUGUAGAGGAAGAGGAGGUCACUGAAGAUGAAGAGCAGGACAGUGAAGAGGAAGAGGACAGUGUAGAAGACAGCGAGGUCUCUGAAGAUGAAGAGGAGGACAGUGAAGAAGAAGAGGAGAGUAUGGACGACAGUCAGGAGGAGGAAGAGGAGGGCAGUGAAGACAAAGAAGAUGGGAAACGUAAGAAGAGAGGGCUCCAUCGCAAAAUACCCAUUUGGAAAUUAAAACUGAGACGUAGAUUGAGACGCCGGUCCCGCUUCUUGUACGGAGUCCUCCAGCUGUCUAACACCUACUUCUGUAAAACGGAUUUUCGCUGGUCAGCAAAUAAGUGCAACACAUCCUGCAAAGCCUUCAUUGAUGACGACAUAUCAGACGACGUCGCUUGCUUUGUAAAGACUCGGAACAAAAAAUACUGGCGGGCUGUGGUGAGGAGAGCCCUCAGAUCUAAAGCUGCCAGGGGCUUCCUCAAGGACUGUGAGUGAGCAGCAGCUGUAAGCGCUCCAAGCAGGAUCUCACGCCAUCACACCAGUUCUGCAUCUGACGGGAGCUGUUGUCUUACCUCCCGAACAUCGUGACACAUUGUCUUCCUUUUCAUUUUAAUCAAUCGAUGAGAUUUCAUAACUGAUGUCAUUUUAUUUCAGUUCCGUUGUGGGUGGACCUCCCUCCCUAAAUUACCAGAACUUGAAAGUAAACUGAUGUGACCUCUGAAUGGUUAUGGUGAUUCUAUUCAAUCAGAGACUCCACUGACGAGGAUAAACAGAAUGAUUCCUACACCUUCUGCUUUCUGUCAUCUCUUAAUAAAUGUGUUUUGCUGAACAGUC